AUGCUCACGUGUCUCGCAGGUAAGCGAUGUACCUCCACUGGUCGUAAGUGUGAUGGGUACGAGUUCCCCAAAGAGACACCAGGAAGAUCAUCAUCCUCGUCCACAUCAUCGCCACCGUCGCGUUCUUACCCAGUUGCUCAGUAUCUAUUUCAACCCGACUCCAUCUCCAAACCGGUUCCAGGCAACACGCAGGAGCGUCGUAUCUUCCAUCGCUUCCAAUACUGUACAGUGCCUCUCCUUACUGGUGGUUCUGAAGCCGGAUUCUGGAGCAAACUCGUACUGAAGGUGGGCCUGGAGGAGACCGUUGUCCGCAACGCCAUUAUCGCACUGGGCACGCUACAUGAGGAUUAUCAAGAGCGGAGUGGCAGGUACUCGCCCCAGCUGAUCGAGGACAACAGCUACCGGCACGCCUUAUCCCUCUACGGCGGUGCACUGAGGCAGCUCAACCAACGACUGAACGAGCCAUCCAAACUCAACGCCAAGCUCGCCAUCGUCGCCAGUAUAUUAUUCGCCUGCUUCGAGGUACUCCGUCGCAAUAACAUGGCUGCAGUUAUCCAUUACCAGCAAGGCAUGAGAGAAUUGUUCCGCCAGAUGAACCUCCCCGAGAGCGACGACACCUCUCUGGUGGCCUCCGAUAAACAAGCAACCUUCCGAGAGAUUCCAGAGAAUGAAAUCGACGAGUUGCUACGAGUCUUUGCGCGCUAUGAUAUCCAGGCUUGCACCUUCUCGAAGGAACGCGCCGAACCUUUGUCUACCCACAUCACACUACCUCGGGUGCUCCCCACUGAUAUGACUCUGAGCCAAGUUCGUUAUCACCUGGAUAACCUGCUGGUAUCUGUAUAUCAGCUUAUCAAGUCCGAUGUUCGAAUGUAUCGGUAUUGGGACGCAGACUCGGUGCCUUUAGAAUGGCGGACACGGACCCAAGAAGCAAUCACGACAUUCGAUACGUGGAUGGCGGCAUUAGAGGACUUCUUCACGUCUAAUAGCCAUCAAUUGACGAAUAGUGACAUCAAGAGUCUGCUGGGGAUGAGGCUACAGAUCAAGACUGCAGUGAUUAUGCUCAAAGUCUGUAUCGAUUGCGGGCCUGAAAGUGUGUUCGACAACUUUACGGACGAUUUCGAAGACAUGGUGUCCAAGGUCGAACAGAUGACUGCGGCUCUUGGCAUACAAGAAGCCAAGCCAUUGGAGAUGGAAUUGACACCAUUUACCAUGGAGCUUGGCAUCGUGCAUCCCCUGUUUUUCGUCGCGUGCAAAUGCCGCGACUGGGAUCUUCGGCGCAGAGCGAUUAUGCAGCUCAAGCGAGCUGGAAAAGAAGGCGUAUGGGAGGGUCCCAUCAUGGCCGUGCUGGCAUCCCGCAUCAUGGAACUUGAAGAGGAAGGUCUGUCGUUUGGAGAGGCAGUACCCGAAACACAGCGACUUCACGAUAUUAAGAAGAAUGUCGACUACGACAACCGACAGAUAUUCAUGGAAGCCACCAAGGCACUCGAUACGACAUGGAACAAUUUUACCAUUCUCCGAGAGGUGGUUACCUUUUGA